CUGAGAAGUGACCAUGUCCCUCUCAAAUCUCAGGUGUAUUGGGCUGCUGUUUGUGUUUAACUUGUUUUUUGGAACUGAUGGAUAUUACCUGCAGAUGCAGUUUGAUUGUAUAUUCAGUAGGAAGGAUCUGCAAGAUAUCAAGUUUGCUGAACUUUUUUUUUUUAAUAAGGUGGAGCAUGUACGAUAUAAUAGCAGUCUGAGAAAGUACACUGGAUACACUGAGUUUGGAAUGAAGUGUACACAGAUACUGAACAGUGAUCCUGCCAAACUGGCAGAGGAACAAGUUAGAAUGGAUUCGUACUGCAGGCGCUUUGUGUCUUUGGUCUACUGCAACAUCCUGGAAAAGACAGCUGAACCCUAUAUUAAGCUCAGGUCAUUGAAGCCAGUCAGCAGCAAACACCCUGCUUUGCUGGUGUGCAGUGUGUACAACUUCUACCCUAAAGCCAUCAGAGUUAUGUGGCUCCGAGAUGGAGAGGAGGUGACCUUUGACGUGACCUCCACUGAGGAGCUGUCUAAUGGAGACUGGUACUACCAGGUGCACUCCCACCUGGAAUACACGCCCAAAUCUGGGGAGACCAUCUCCUGCAACGUGGAACAUGCCAGUUUCCCUCAGCCAAAGGUGGUGGACUGGGAUCCCUCUAUGCCUGAAUCAGAGAGGAAUAAGAUGACAAUUGGAGCUUCAGGUCUUGUGCUGGGAGUGAGCAUUGCUGCCACAGGACUGACCUACUACAAGAAAAAAUCCCACGAACAUGUCCUAUGAAGAGGGAAAUAAAAUCAGCUUAGUCCAGUGGGGAAUUUGGCACACAUGAAUAACCAAGAAAUUGCUGAAAAACGCAAUGUACACAAGAGCAAUCGAUCAAAACCACUGAAAAACUCAAUGCACACAGGAACAACCAAUCAAAGUCAAAUACUGUUAAAGUGUGUGAUGCUGCUGUGCCUGUAUUACCUUCUGUUGUUCUUGAUGAAAUCCAACUACAUUUACAUUUACAUUUACAUUUAUUUAUUUAUCCAACUAGCUAUGAAUACAGGAGCAGAACCAAUUAACAUUUUAAUAAACAGGAAAUUCUAUAAUGGGGCUCAGUAAAUAUCCAGCUGUAUAAAUGGAUAACAUUGUUAAGAACUGUAUCCGAUGUGAGUCGGUUUGGGUAAGAGCGUCUGCUAAAUAAUGUGCUGUUUGAUCAUCCCACGCACAGCACUUGUUACAGUUACAUUAAGCGAUGUGUCUAUGUGUGGGGCCUUGUGUAUUAAUAAAUAUGUUGUUUCAAUUUCUCCAUAUCCUGAAUAGCUAAGUGGUUACGGUGGGCUCAGUCUCAGUCCUGUCAUCAUCUAAUGAUGGCCAGGAGCCUACGGCAGUAGAACAAACUGGCUUUGUUCCAUCAGCGAUCGGGGCAGAUGUG